UGUCUAUUGUGUGCAUGCUAAUCCAGCCGCCUGUGUCCUCCGCUUCCCCGUGUAUAAGGCAGCGAUGGAGACAAGCUCCGGGAUCAGGGGAUGUGACUCCCUCCUAGGAUAGCACUAUUCCGGGACUGUGCGGGGAGACGUGUCCGGGGGGCCUGCAAUGAGUUGUCUGGAUGUUAUGUAUCAUCACCAAGUCUAUGGGAUGCACCAAUAUCUGCCCGGCACCGCCGCCGCCGCCGCCUACUACCAUCAUCACCCGCAGAAAAAGAUUGGCGCAUAUAGUAAGAUGCAAGAGACAUUGGAGGUGACUCUUUCAACCAAGCAAGAAGAGGAGGAGAAGGAGCAGCCUGCAGAGAUGGAGUAUCUGAAUUCCCGAUGUGUCCUCUUGACCUACUUUCAUGGAGACAUAGGAGCAGUUGUGGAUGAACAUUUCUCAAGGGCCUUGAGCCAAUUACGCACCUUAAAUCCAGAAAACACCAGCACUAAGACCAAAGCAGGAGCUAGUAGAGAGAGCCCAUCAAUAUCAUGUCAGCGGACUAGUCUACCUCCAUCCUUAUGGACAAACUCCUAUCAGUCAGCUCCACCUUGCCUGAGCGGAGUUCAUCCAGACUUUGCCACCACGACAGCCAGCACCCUCUCAACUACAGAGCACAGCAGCUGGCCUGGAGAUAAUGUUCACCAGACUGUCCCACAUCCUCCACCGGUGGUGACGGACUCCUGGCACUACCCAUUGGCUUCACCAACGGCAUCACCGUAUGCCCACAUGCAUGACAUUUACAUGUAUCGGCACCAUGCUCAUCCACAUAUGCAUCACCAUCACCACCAUCAUCACCAUCCCAGUUCCCAUGUGGACCCACGAUAUGGACCUCUUGUAAUGCCCUCAAUGCGUGCAGCCAGGAUUCCGGCAGCUCAAUGUGACAUACCUAAAACUGAAGCCACAACACCCACCAUGGCUACUCCAGCCUGGGCCGGGGCAUUCCAUGGCACUGUAGACAUCGUACCAAGUUUUGGUUUUGAGACGGGUAAUGGCUUUUCUGCCUAAAUAAAGUAUAUUUGUAUGUGGACUUCACAGCUGGAACAUUCCAUUUUGGAUCCUGGAUGAUGGCCUUCUUGUUACCUGUAAAGAAUCAAUUUUAGCUGAAUCUGCCUUAAAGGACACCAUUAUUUUGUUGCCCUCUGAAAACAAAGUGCUUUAUAUGUCUCCCCAUACCUGUUUUGUAUUAUGUCUGUCUUUUGGUUGACUUUUUUUUCUGCAAAGCCUUCUGUGAAUAACUGAAAAAAUAGACUUUUUUAUAUUAAAUAUUAAUGAUUUCUUAA